AUGUCUCGCUACGCCGCCGUCCACGCCUGGGAUAACCUCGCCGGCGAAGGCGACGCCCGUCCCACCGCCGCACAAAUCAUCAGGGACGCCGGCAAGACAAAUCUCAAGGGCCAAGUCAUCAUCAUCACGGGCGUCUCCUCCGGCACCGGCGCCGCCAGCGCCCGCGCCCUCGCCCCCACAGGCGCCGAGCUCUACCUCGCCGGCCGCAGCAUCCCCAAGGCCAAGGCCGCGCUCUCCACCAUCGCCGACCUGCCCAACGUGCACUUCCUCGAGCUCGAUCUCGCGUCCACGGCCAGCAUCAGGGCCUUUGCCGCCGAGUUCCUGAAGCAGUCCGGCGGCAGACUCAACGUCCUGCUGAACAACGCCGGCGGAGUCCUUGCCGAGCGCAAGGUCACGGUGGACGGCUUCGAGCAGCAGCUCGCCGUCAACCACCUCGGCCCAUUACUCCUCUUCGCCCUCUUGAAAGACGCCCUCCUCGCCAGCGCCUCGCCCUCCAAUCCCAGCCGCGUCGUCAACGUCUCCAGCGUCGGCCACCGCUACGGCACCAUCCGCUGGGACGACCCCAACUUUGAAAAGGGCGAGUACAUCCCCCCCGUUGCCUACGGCCAAGCCAAGACGGCGAGCAUCUACACCGCCUCCGAGAUUGACCGCCGCUACGGCGCGCAGAACCUCCAUGCCUGGAGCGUUCACCCCGGCGCUAUCCUAGACUCCGCGUUCCUGGACAACAGCGGCUGGGAUAGGGGCUAUUUGGACGGCAUGGUGUCGGCUUGGCCCAAGAAGCUGUUCAAGUCCAGCGAGCAGGGCGCCGCGACGCAGAUUUGGGCGGCUGUGAGUGAUGAUGUCCUGGCGGAGGGCGUGACGGGCAAGUAUCUUGAGGAUUGCAGCGUGGCAGUGCACAUGUCCAAGUCGGAUAGUGCGGAAUGGAGGGGACAUGCUGAUCAUACGUACAACGAGGAGGAUGCGAAGAGGUGUUGGGAGCUUAGCGAGAAGUUGCUUGGAAUCAGGGUCGAAUAG